GCGGAGUCCCGCGGUGCGCGUGCGCUGUAGCCAGUGUUUGCUCAGCUCGCGACCGUGUCGUGGGUGAUUCUCUAGUGGUAAGGGCUUCGGACCAAAGCCCGGCGCCAGCUGAGGCAGGGACACAGGUGGGCGUGGGGUCCUGGUCUCCGGUGACACCCACCGGCCGCUGUCCUGUCUGGCUCGUGUCACUGGGUGUGUCCACGGCGCGGCAGCUCCUGGGACGCCGAGUUUGAGCAGCUGAUGGGCUAAGAGGCGGCGUCCCCACUUCUGCUCACCUGGAUGCAGAUUGAGGAUGGAUGCCCGAAGAUCCUCAAGACAGCUUCACUGAAAGUGAGGAGCAGUGUCAGGCCCAGCUGCCCAGUGUUGGCCCCGGGGACACCUCUGGCAUCCAGAUUAGGAUCAUGACUCCUGUGAGCAACCAUGGCAUGGCAGAGAGCAUUUUUGACCUGGACUAUGCUUCCUGGAAGAUUCGCUCGACCCUGGCAGUGGCUGGCUUUGUCUUUUACCUGGGCGUCUUUGUCGUCUGCCACCAACUGUCAUCCUCCCUGAAUGCCACCUACCGCUCUCUGCUGACCAAAGAGAAAGUCUUCUGGAACCUGGCAGCUACCCGUGCAGUCUUCGGUGUCCAGAGCACAGCUGCUGGCCUGUGGGCUCUGCUGGGGGACGCUGUGCUCCACGCUGACAAAGCUCUUGGGCAGCAGAGCUGGUGCUGGUUUCACAUCACCACAGCCACUGGGUUCUUCUUCUUUGAGAACGUGGCUGUGCACCUAUCCAAUCUGUUCUUCCGGACGUUCGACCUGUUCUUGGUUGUCCACCACCUCUUUGCCUUUCUUGGGUUUCUGGGUUCAGCCGUCAAUCUGAGAGCUGGCCACUAUCUGGCCAUGACCACUUUGCUCUUGGAGAUGAGCACACCUUUCACCUGCAUUUCCUGGAUGCUCCUGAAGGCUGGCUGGUCAGACUCCCUGUUUUGGAAGGUCAACCAGUGGCUAAUGAUCCACAUGUUCCACUGCCGAAUGAUCCUCACCUACCACAUGUGGUGGGUGUGCUUCCAGCACUGGGGCGCCCUAGUCGACAGCCUGUACCUGCCUCACUUUGCACUGUUCCUAUGUGGGCUGGCCCUGCUCACACUCAUCAUUAACCCCUACUGGACACACAAAAAGACCCAGCAGCUUCUAAAUCCUGUGGAUUGGAACUUCACCCAGUCCGAAACCAAGGGUGCCAGGCAAGAAAGGACCAAUGGCCAGGUGCCUCAGAAAAAGAGGCUCUAGCGCCCAAGGACCAGGCGGCUCCACGGAUAGUGACUUUUACAGAUGAGGUCAUGAAUGAGUUUAGAUCUAGGUGAAUACUAACUUGUUCUUUAGUAUUAAUUCUACAAUAGCCCGAAGUAUUGCAGGGACCUUGAUUUGCCCACAGGAGGGCUAUGCCAUCAUGGUCUUCUGAUUCCUCUGGUGUGGCCUCAACCAUGCUGUGUCUGCCCAGCCAGGGUCAGGGAAGGAGCCAUGGUGGCUAGGUGUGCAAGCUGCUAAGAAUGCCAGCCUGGAUACUUGAAACGACUGCAUUAGGAAGGACCCCGAGUGGAUGUGGACGAGUCAGCACACUCACGGCCUGUGGGCCUUAUUUGGAAGUCAUGUUUCUUUUCAUUACAAGAGUUGGCCUAAGAAAAUGUGAUUUGCUGAUACUUGUGAAAAUUUCCCAGUGUGUGGAAUUUUAAGCCUGUGGUGCAGCAGCACCCUCUAGUGGCAACUUGUGGAAGGACAUGUUUUAAAGGGUUUUUCUCAAUGGCUAAGAGUUCAUCCACCCCUUCUGGCUUGGUGUCUGGAUCUUCGAGAGCUAUUUCUGAUUGACCAAAGUGGCUAGCCUCGCUCCAGUUCUGCUCUGUCAAUUUCAGGUCAGGGCAGUGACUUUUCCGCUCUGGGCUGUGAAGGGGGGGUCCUGUACCCAGAGAUGCUCUGCCUGAGUUGCCAGGGCCCAGAACAAACAGGCGGCUUGUCUAAUGUGACUAUAGGCAAGGGUUCCUACUGCACUAUUUGUGGGUGGGAUGUCCAGGCACCGGCUGUCAAUGUUACUGACAGACACAGAAACUUUCUUCAAAAGUAUACAAUUAAAGUGCAUUUUAUUUUUGUCACAACUACCUUUGAAAUGGUGGUUGCUCUUGAAAAUCAUGUGUGACUUAUGCAAGCCAUGGAUCAUGGGCCUCAGCAUGUUCUGAAUACCAGUGCUUUUACUUUAUCGGGAUGUAUGAUGCCUAUUUAUUUCAUUCUAAGAAAGUCUUCAUUUUGUGUCCCUAAGAUUGUCAGCCGACGAAAACCCCGUAGCUCCUAUAUCUGCUUUGCACAGGCCUGCCUGGCAGUUUUUAACAGGGCAGAAGUUUAAUAAAGUUAUAGCUGUUUACAGAACCCAAA